AUGCAAUGUAUUCAUGGAGAAACCUUUUCCAUGCUGUUCCUGGAUCGAUGCAGAAAAUCCAACGUCAGCUUGCAGGUCGCAGACAUUCGAGAUAUUUGGAACGUCCGGCCGCAGCUCAGUGACGCCGUUUUUGGAAUAUCUUGUAGGGUCAGCAGGCCUUCAAAUAUAACUCUACUGGCUUCGGCUUUGUUACAGAAUCAUACCAGAAUUUUCAACUGGUUGCUUCAUCAUCAAGAUGAGAUUGGUAUCAUCGAUACUCGACCCUUUGACGCAUCAUCAGAGCAAAUCUCGCCAUACUGGCCUGCUCUCUUUGUCGCUCUCGCUUAUAGGAGACAAAUGGCUGCGAUGAAGCUACUGGAUCAUGGUGCGUCCCCGACCGCAGUCAUGUCUGGCAUAACAGCGCUUCAUCUUGCCGCCGCUGGAGGCCUCCUUGAAAUGAUCAAACGUCUCGUCCAGCACUAUGGAUUCGACACCAAUCAGCCGGAUGACCGAGGCCAUACGCCGUUUAUCUACGCAUUGUCAUCUCCUCGAGUGAGUAAGGACUUGUUAGGGGGCUUGAUUCGCCUCGGCGCGGAUGUGAAUAAGCCAACGAUUUGCCGAGGACAGUACCUGAGCCCACUUAGCAUCGCGAUUAUAGUUCAUCGAUGGGAUCUUGUGAUGGAGCUCCUCAAUCACGGAGCAGACGCGGGUGGGAAGAUGGAGGUAAUGCUGGAUCAGCAGGGCCGCCAGCCUACAAAGCCACUGUCCUGCGCCUGCUUCACGUCCCAAGACUACCCGCAAGGAACGAGAGGACAACGAGAGGUGGUCAUCGGAAGGUUCCUUGAGGAAGGCGGCGACCCGAACAUGUUGAUCACCUAUAACAACGAGAGCCAGCCACUCCUCAUCCGGCUUACCCGGAUGAAAAGAGAAUGGGAAGCAGCACGUCUCCUGGCAAGUCCACUACUCAAGGUCAACGAACGGGACCGGCAGGGCAUGUCGGCCUUGGAUUGGGCGCUUUGCACCAAACAUGGCAGACCCACGCUAGCGAAGCUAUUGUUACAACACCACGCUCAGCUGCCACUGAGCACAAUCCGUGAAAUCACGACACUAAUGAAUCGACUAUGGAGAGCUGUACCUUGUCAGCUUUACGACCUGCUGAGAAGAAAUCCAAAAUUCUUUCCUUCUUAUCAGAUACUCUACAAGCACCUCUCUGGCAUUUCCCCUGUUGAUAAGGGUCGCUAUGUAGAGGAGUUCUUACGCGGCUGUCCUGCACCCGUAGCUCGUCGGAUUGAGCAAGCCGGCCAGGCCCUGCUCAUUAACAAAGUUUUAUUGGAGUGCAUGAAGCAACAAUGCAUUGUGUACAGCGUGUAG